UCGGCGGGUGUGAGGGGAAGCCGGAGGAGUUCGGGAAGAAGCGGAGGGACGAGCGGGAGGCGGCGGCGGCGGCUGCUCCCGUCGGCCUCCGGCAAGACUGACUGCGCGGAGGCCGGAAUCCGGGCGAGCUUGGCGGAGAGGCGGGCGGGAGGCCGGAGCUUUUUUAAUGAAAAGUGCCAAAGGCUGAAAAACCAAACAUGAGGGUAGCAGGUGCUGCAAAGUUGGUGGUCGCUGUGGCAGUAUUUUUACUGACAUUUUAUGUUAUUUCUCAAGUAUUUGAAAUAAAAAUGGAUGCAAGUUUAGGAAGUCUAUUUGCAAGGUCAGCAUUGGACACAGCUGCACGUUCUACAAAACCUCCCAGAUACAAGUGUGGGAUCUCAAAAGCUUGUCCUGAGAAGCAUUUUGCUUUUAAGAUGGCAAGUGGAGCAGCCAAUGUGGUGGGACCCAAAAUCUGCCUAGAGGACAACGUUUUAAUGAGCGGUGUUAAGAAUAAUGUUGGAAGAGGGAUCAAUGUUGCCUUGGUGAAUGGAAAAACAGGAGAAGUAUUAGACACUAAGUAUUUUGACAUGUGGGGAGGAGAUGUGGCCCCAUUGAUUGAGUUUCUGAAAUCCAUACAGGAUGGAACAAUAGUCUUAAUGGCAACAUAUGAUGAUGGAGCAACCAAACUCAAUGAUGAGGCACGGAGGCUCAUUGCUGAAUUGGGGAGUACAUCUAUUACCAAUCUAGGUUUUAGAGACAACUGGGUCUUCUGCGGUGGGAAAGGCAUUAAGACAAAAAGCCCUUUUGAACAGCACAUAAAGAACAAUAAGGACACAAACAAAUAUGAAGGUUGGCCUGAGGUUGUAGAAAUGGAAGGAUGUGUCCCCCAGAAGCAAGACUAAUAUGGAGAAAAUUCAAGGACAUGCACUUUCACUCUUACUGAGAAAGCUACAACAGAGAAACCAUUUGUACAUAUUUUAAAAGCAUGCAGCCAUCUUGGUGUGUGCAUGAGCAUUCUCUUUUGAUAUCAGGAUUAUUUAUUGCUAACGUACAUAAAUGUCUUUGUAAAUAGUUGUCGUAAUGAGUGAAUCACUGUACCAUUUCUAAGCACAUUUCUCUAAUAGUACCAUCUUUAGACUGCUAAUGGAAAUGACACCUUUUUGUUCUAAAAGCAUACUUGAUUGAUAACAGAUUGUGAAAAAUAUACUGAUAUAUAUAUACUGGUUGCUGUGAAAAUCUAUCAUGGAAUAAUAUGGAUUUGAGGGAGACUUUGUUUGAUUAUAGUAUCUUUUAAAUUAAAGAUAUUUGGCAAGUUGUAUGUGUAAUGUUACUCUACAGUCUGACUCUCUUGAUGUACCUCUUGUCUUAGACUUUCUCUUCCCAAGAAACCUAGACAUAAAAUGAUGGGAAAACUUGUAUCAGAUAUGUGAAAAGCACAAUAAAAUUCUUUUUUUAAUGUACACAAUAAAAAGUAAAUAUAUAAAUGUAGAUGGCUUUCCGGACUAUAGCUCGCUGGAUUUUGUCUUAGCAAUGUGAAUACCUUGAUUUUGUAUAAGCUAUUUAGAGUGAGGGUAGAGAUGGCAACUCCACAGAACUGGGGAACGGAGCCAAGUCCCUUCCCCAAGCCAUGUCGGUGUAGAGCAAUACUGGCAUAUAUUUUCCUCAUUUAAUUGUUAUAAGCAUUGACAAAAUGGUUUGGAAAGAGGCAUGCUUUAAUAUCACAAUAAUUGUGACUUGUAAACCAAGAGAUUAAUUUUGUAUUUACUUCAUUUAAUUUCAUAAUAGCAAUUUUUCCAGGAGAUAAAUAUAGUGACAUAUUUAGAAAAAAAAAAACCUAAUUACUGAGUAGACUGAUAACAUUUACAAAAUAAUUUUAUUUGUACAAGAAUGACUUUAUACCCAAUUCUAGAUAAAAAUACAGAGAUCUAAUGUUUGUGUUGACUUCAGAUGUUCACUAAUUGACUCAAGCUUUUUUAUUUUUUUAGGCCAUUAAAUACUUAUUGUGUAUGAAGUGUCUUAAACUGGAACAUAAACAGAUUUAAUGUUCAAACUGCCAUUCACAGUAAAAGGCAGCACUUAAAAUUGAAUCCAAAUUUCAAAUGACUUGUACAAAAAAAACUAAAAGCAGUAUUUUUCAUUUUGCCGUAAACCAAGUUGGAAGCUAUUCAGCUAUUUCGUAAAUACUAAUGAGGUUUGUGGUACUGGUUCUUUUUUUCUUCAGUGUAAUUCAUGAAUAAAUACACCUUAUAAGUUCAACAAAUUUUGUAACCUUCAGAUUUUGGUGCUUAUCUACCAAAUCAACUUCAGCAUGUAUAUCUUGACAUUUAAAAUACUUCUUUCAAUUCUGCAUAUUAAAAAGAGUUAAGUGUUUUACCGUUCCAGAGAUUGUGAAAUAAAUGUUGCAUUUUUUAAAAAGAAAAUAAUGAAGUAAGUACUUUUGGUUUUCCAUAGUGAAUUUUUUAUAUUAUCUAGCAAAAUUAUAUACCUAUAGAACUUCACAUUAAGGUUUGCCAAGUAUUUAUUAUACAGCUUUACAUGUUAAAUUUACAUCAUUCCUGUGGUUAAAGCAAACUAAUAUCCUCAGGAUAUGUUUUGACAUGUGUAGAAUUUAAGUAUCUAGGUAGCAGGACAUCCCUGUCAAGAUAAAGACUACAAAAUGAUACAUAGAUUUGUAAAGGUGUAUGAAAUGUUGAAAGAAGGGAUAAAGAAUGGUUAUGUAAUUGCUUUGAUGCAGUUUGCUUUUGUCUCAAUUCUGUCUUGAAGAGAUUGUGCCAGCUUAACUUUGGAAGCAAUAAUUUUACUACAUUUCAUUUUCAGAUGCCUUUUAAAAAUCAGCAUUAUAAAUGAAGCAAUGUUUAUUUAAUGUUAAGAAUUUUCUUUAUUAA